AUGAAAUUAAUUGCUGUGCUUUUCCUUUGCUCUAGGCUGCUACCUAGCUUAACCGAGGAGUCCUUCUCACAAGAAAUCGAUUGCAAUGAUGAAGACCUAUUCAAGGCUGUGGACACUGCUCUGAAGAAAUAUAACAGUAGAAACCAAAGUGGCAACCAGUUUGUGUUGUACCGUGUAACCGAGGUCACCAGGACGGAUGACCCUGAGACAUUUUAUUCCUUCAAGUACCAAAUCAGGGAGGGAGACUGUUCUGUUCAAAGUGACAAAACAUGGCAGGAUUGUGACUACAAAGAAUCUGCACAAGCUGCCACAGGAGAAUGCUCCGCAACCGUUGGGAAGAGAGGGAAUACAAAAUUCUCCGUGGCUACGCAGACCUGCCAGAUUACUCCAGCCGAGGGUCCUGUGGUGACAAGCCAGUAUGACUGCCUUGGCUGUGUGCACCCCAUAUCGACUGCGAGCCUUGACCUGGAGCCCGUUCUCAGACACGCCAUUCAACAUUUUAACAACCACACCGGUCGUUCCCACCUCUUUGCUCUUAGAGAAGUCAAGAGGGCCCACAGACAGGUGGUGGCUGGAUGGAAUUAUGAAAUUACUUACUCAAUUGUGCAGACGAAUUGCUCCAAGGAACAUUUUCUGUUCUUAACUCCAGACUGCAAGUCCCUUUUGAAUGGUGAUAUCGGUGAAUGUACAGAUCACGCACACGUGGAUCCGCAGCUAAGAAUUGCUUCUUUGUCGCAGAAGUGUGAACUCUAUCCAGGAGACGAUUUUAUAGAACCGCCUCCCAGUAUUUGCCCUGGCUGUCCCAAAGAGAUACCUGUCAACAGCCCAGAGCUGGAGGUGGCUCUGAAUCAUUCCACUGCAAAGCUUAAUGCAGAGAAUAAUGGAACGUUCUAUUUCAAGAUUGACCACGUGAAAAGUGCAACAGUACAGGUGGUGGCUGGAAAGAAAUUUUCUAUUGAGUUCACAGCCAGGGAAACCACGUGCUCCAAGGAAAGUAAUGAAGAGUUGACAGAAAGUUGCAAUACCAAUAAAUUUGGAAAAAUUCUAGACUGUAAAGCUGAAGUUUAUGUGAUACCUUGGGAGAAGAAAAUUUACCCUACUGUCCACUGUCAAUCACGGGGAGAGACCACAUUGAUGAAAAGGCCUCCAGGUUUUUCACCUUUCCGAUCAGUACAAGUGGAGAAAACAAAAGAAGGAACAACUAGGCAUCUAAGGCCCUGCGAAUACAUGGGCCGACCUCGGGAGGCAGGGGCCGAGCCAGCAGCUGGGAGUGAGGUCUCUUGA